UAGAAGAAAAGUUUGGGGGGUGGAGCAGGAGGGGCAUAGGAGAAGGUAUAAGAGUCGAGGGUCUAGGUGGCCGGCAACACACUCCCGGCGGCCGCCUCCUUCACCUCACCACCCCGCGCCCUCCCCGCCCACCAUGGCCUCCUGGACCAGCUUGGCGCUGUUGUCCGCACUGGCGGUUAGCGCGCUGAGUUCGCCACGGCCAGACGAGGACAGAGAAUACAAGAUCCCCGAUGUGAACACGGGGCGCCGCUCCCAGUAUUACGUGCUGCACGAGGACGGCACCUUCAAGUAUGGUUACGACACGGGCGAGGGCGCUUACGAGGCCGCCAAACAGAAGACCCCCGGCCGCCAGCACGGGAAGUUCGGUUACCGUGACCCUGACGGCAACAACGUGCGACUGGUGUACCAGGCAGGGGAGGGCGGCUUCCAGCCCACCGGCACGCACAUCCCUGUUCCCAGCCAGGAGUUCCUCGCCGCCCACGCCGAGGCCAGCGCCCGCCCACCCUUCCACGACCCCCUCGCCCAAACCAACACCGACGCCUCCUAUGGCUUCCAGUUUGCAGGGGAAGGGCUCUCUCGCACUGAGCAGAGCGACACCGACGGCAACGUGCGCGGCUCCUACAGCUACGUUGACGAGCAGGGGCGCACCCGCCAGUACACCUACACUGCUGGCCGCGGCGUCGGCUUCGUCGUUGAGGGCAGCGAUCUCCCUGUGGCUGUCAGCACUAGCGACACUCCUGCCGCCACCAGCCUCUCAUCAGGUCUCGGUGCUGCCGCCGCCGCCGCCGCCGCUGCUCAGUACCAUGGUUCCACCGCUGCCACCUUCCGCGGGGCCGCCGCUGGAACUUCACACUCUACAGGUUCCACAUCCUCCUCUUUCGGAACUACAACCACUUUCGGUGGUCACCGCACUGGAUUCCGUCGCCCUGCAGUGACCGCCACUGGAGCUUCUGUCUUUCGCUCAUCUGCCGCCACGGGCGCCACCGCCGCUCACCACACUCCCGCCACUACUCAGUAUCAGCAAACCAAAUACGCUGGUGAGCUGGCCAAUACUCGCACUACUCACGGGGCGGACGGCAGCCGAUCUUUUGCCUAUGAAACAUCGAGCCAUGCACGAAGCGAAGCCGAGGAUUCUCGUGACAACGUGGUGGGAAGCUUCGACUUCGUGGCUGAGGACGACGGUCAGCGUCGCGGCAUCAAGUAUGAGGCCAGCUCAGACACUGGCUUCAUUGCCGAGGGUGCUCACAUCCCCGUGGGCCCGGCAGUUCCCGGCGCUCCCAGCGGUCAGCCCACGGGAAGAAUCGUCCCCGUGCAGGAGGUGCAGUUCGUCGACCCUCUGGCUGACACCGGCACCGAUGCCUCAUACGGUUUCGCCUUCGAUUCUGAGCAAUAUUCCCGCUCCGAGACCGCUGACGCCGACGGCAACGUGCAGGGCACCUAUACCGUGGUAGACGACGACGGCACGCGCCGCACCUACCGCUUCAGGGCUGGCAAGGGCGUCGGCUUUGAGACGGAGGUGGUGUCCACCUCCCAAGGGCCACGCCCCUCUCGCCCUGCUUCAUCCUCUACCGGUUCGACUUCUUUCACCAGUACAAGCACAACAAGCACCGGCCACGGCGCCGCGGCUCCCAGUCCCGUGGUCAGCUACACAUCUCCAGGAUCUAGCAGGUUCAGCACUUCCUACAGGACGGGAACUUCAGGCACAACAGGAACUGCCUUCAGGGCAGGAGCUUCAGGCACGGCAGGCACCUCCUUCAGGGCAGGCACCUCCACCACGGCAGGAGCUUCAGGCACGGCAGGCACUUCCUUUAGGGCAGGCACUUCCGCCACGGCGGGAACUUCCUACAGGACCGGCACCUCCACUGGCACCAGCUCCAGGUUCUCCCACUCCAGGCUCACACCGGCGAGGACUUCCUUCACCAGCACGGCGUCAGGAGAGGUGUUCCCAGGCUUCCAGCUUCACCGGUACGAUGAUGACGCAUCCAAGAAGCACGGCAAGUACGGAUACGUGCUCAAGUUUGACAGAUAAAUCCUGUCUGAGAAAUGUCAGGAGGACGCGACUCUGCUCCAUCGCGGCCACGGCUGGACCAGAGUCGUUCCUCGGACAUGAACGUGACUCAGCGCCGGCCUGGGUGGCGGUCACGCCGCGGUGAGGGGGACACAUCACCAUACAACUGCAUGUUCAACACACACCGAGGACCUUUAUUUGCCUUUAUGCCAGUACUACGCAUAUGCAUUUUCCUGUUUUGCAACCAAGUGUUUUAUUAACCCAAUAAAAAUAACUCGAUUGAUGUUCUGCA